AUGGAUCAGCUCCGAGAGUGCAGGAAGAUGGGUGGCAUUCUGCUCAUGACAGAAGAGUCGACAAGAAGCCUGCAGCUGAAGCUCCGUGAGUGCUGUCUGGGAAGAACUUCGACCAAACUGGCAUCUGGCUUUGCAAGAGUUUUCAAUGAGGGCCUUCAUUCUGUCGUGGACUUCUUUGAUGAAGUUGACGAAGCACUACGGUUGCAGAACGAACAGAUCUAUACACUUGGCGCCCGCCAGGCGUUGGAUGGCGGGGAUCUCCGCUGGAAAGUGCCAUUUGCGAUUUUCCGCUUACUGAAGAAUGAUGGGGAGGUGAAGAAGAAGCUCUUGGACCUUUCUUCCAGGAAUUUGGUUGAGAUGACUGAGAAUUCCUGUGAAGAGUUGACCGGAGCAGAGUUCCCUCGCUUGCGCUUCGUGGAGAUGCAUCGAAAUGAGGAUGCAUGGGCCGAGCUAUCGCAAUGUCUGUGCGAAGGUUUGCUGUCCGAGGGCUUAUCCUUCACAGAAAGGCAGGAGAAGUUGGGUGGAAUACGGAAUCUGCCGUUGAAGGCUCGUGACCGACUCCGCAGCUUCAUCCUUGACCCAAGUCUGUCUGAUGAGGAAUUGGAAGCAAUCCUUGAGUCCCUUAAGGAGUAUGACAGCAAUCCGUCUUUGGCGGACGCUGCCCUCACUGCCAGAGGACUUUUCGCGGGUGACAUCUUGCGUUCUGCGCUGCACAAGAGACACCGCGUAGAGUUCGGGGUGGACCGCACCACUUGGCGAUGUGAGAUGGCCAUACCUUUCCGCUUCAAGGAUGCCCCCAGCGAAAGGACGGAGUUUGGCCACCCGGAUUUGGCCAUUACUUUGACGUUGCGUGCCUACGUUGAGGAUGGCUUGACCAAAGCCUCCUUUGCUCGGGUUGUCCAAUGGCUGAAGGACUUGCCUCUUGCGCACAAGGCUCGUCAAUACCGACUGUGGCUGCACGCUGCCGCCAGCCCGGAUGAUUUGCGCACUGAAGCUGUGGAAAAAGCUGUUGCCAAGAGGCUGAAAAUUCCACGCAGCGUGGAAGGUUUGACCUUUGACGACGACAUGAUCAACAGUCUUUGGCCAAAGCUGUGCAAGAAUCUGCAAGUUAUCGAGACGCUCUUGGAGCAGUUCGUUUUCCCAAAGGAGACCCGUCAGUUUCCCUUCAAGGUAUCAGCCAGCGCGUGGGAUUUGGCAUUCGGACGCCUGAGGGGCUUCUCCGGAACUGCCGACAACCGGCAGUUGCUGCCCCUGGGAGUGCAGCAAUAUGAAGAUGAAUGGCUGAAACAUACGGAUGGCCGGGCCUUGCGGAGCCUGUGUGAUCCUGAGAUGGGCGGCCCAUCUGCCGUGAGACAGGUCGAGGAAAAGGAGCCGCUGAAGAUUUUGGAGGAGAUCCUGUCGCCGGCAGAUACUCCGGAAGUCUCUGUGCUGAUCGAUUGCGGUGCUUUUCUCACUGGGAUGUCAAAUCGUCAAGUUGCACAAGCUGUGCUGGGCCUGUGUGCCCGGUUCCGCGCUGCCAUUUACUUUGAUGACGACAACCAGGUCUUGGUGCUAGACAGAAAUGGGAAGGAUACGCCUUUGGCCAAAAGCCCACUGCAACCUGCCCACGAGUGCUUCACUUACCUGGACGACAAGCACACAAGAGGAACGGAUUUGCGAUUCGCACCAGCAGCAGUUGGAGCAGUCACCAUCUGCAAGAAGACCACCAAGGACAGGCUGGUCCAAUCCUGCAUGCGAAUGCGUUCGCUUGGCUUGGGGCAAAAAGUGAUUCUUUUUGUGGACACUGAAGCUGGAAGGCAACUGGCAGUGGAAGCUGGACAGCCUGGACAGCAAGGUGUGCCAAGAUCGGUCCCAAGUUUAGGCUUGGUUCUCGCUUAUGUCACAGCAAGGACAGCUGAGGAGUUGAAAUCCGCCAUUGUGCACUGGGCUUUGCAAGGUGCCGCCUUUGCAGUUCGCGUGCCUUUCUUGCGACAUGUGUCGAGUGGCUUCGGGGCUGAGUGUAGGACAUUGGCGAAGCUCUGCAGGGAACCAGAAGAGUUUCAGCUGGCUUCGUAUUGCCAAUCGCUGGCUGCACGUCCCAGCGCGGAAGAGAUUCCCAGGCGGGCAAAGGAAAGCCCGCAACGGAUCUUGAACAGUGCAGACCUCUCUGAGCAAGAAGUACGUCAGUGGGAAGAGAGUGCCAACAUCAUCAUCGAGGAUCAGUUGUCAUACCUGCAUCGACAGCAGCUUCUAUGCUCAGAGGAUGUGCUUGCUACCUCCAUGGAUGAGGAACAGGAAAGAGAACGGGAACAGGAAAAAGAACGCGAAAGAGAGGUUGAAAUCGAAAUGGAAGCUGAAGUUUGUCCUCCAGUCCUUCAAGCUCACAAACGACUUUUGGAGAAGCAGUGGGAGUGGAGCCGUGCUUUACAACCAGGGUUUGUCGCAAGCUGCCUCGGUGGAAUCCUUGGAUGUCCCCGCCUUUUCCCAAUCACAGCAGAUGAGCUGGAACGACGUGGCACGCCUUUACCCCAGCUGCGAGAUCUCAGACAGAUGCCACAUGUCUUUGCCACAGACAAUUUCCUGUCCAGCGUUGAAGUCGUGGAUGCUGAUUGCGGACCCUUGGAGAGAGCACAUGCCGUGCGGCCUGUGGAUGUCUAUGCCUUGCUUGAAGCAUGCACCAAUCAGUCGGUCAUCCUGCUUUCAGGUUGGGAAGCUGGCCACGUCUUGCGGGAGACGCGAUGUCUGAGCAAGCAAGCACCGCAGAGGGCGGCACAAGCAGAGGACUUCCCAACGCAACUCUGCCACGUAAAUGGCGGGAAAAGUAUGUGUGUGUGUCCUCGCGGCUAUCCAAAGCUUCCAGGGGCACAUCAUCGAGCUGUGCUGAAGCUUUUCCAUGGCUGCUGUGAUUAUCCGCGAAGUGAGAGCCCUGAACUUGCCAAAUUUCUUGGUCUCUUGGAGCCUUCAUGCAUCUACAGUGCUGCUGGUCAUCACGGAUGGACUGAGCGACAGUGCCGACGCCUGUGGGAUGCAUUGAGGGACAUGAAAGUCCUGGGAAGAAAUGGCUUCGUCAAGUAUGUGCCAAACAUCGAAGAUUCGAAAUUGAGAGAGGCUGUGGGAACCGUCUUGGAGCAAAGUGAGAUAGACUAUGCUUCUAAGAUGAUUUGGUUCCACAAGCUUCUGGCUGAGAUUUCAUCAGGACACAAGAACCCUGCGGGUGUUGUGCCAGAGUUCAUCCGAUUUCGAUUGCAAGGUCAUCUUUUCCAGGGAUCCAGCCUUGAGGAGCUCUUAGACCUUUGA